AUGACCAUAGACAAUGAAGUCUCCAUUCCCGACGCAGUCGACCAAGAUGCGAUCGUGAACGGACUACUGAGCAAAUGCGAGCGUCUCAUAUCUGAGGUGGACAGUUUUCAGUCGCUGGUGAAGCAGACGAUGCGGAACCCGCAGCUCGUCGAAGUUAGACAGAUGCGCUCGAAUCUGGUUUCUGAGAUCAGAGCGCUUGAGAAGUUGCAGGGUCAGAUCGAGUCGUCGACGCCUGCUUUGCUCCAUGAUCCUUCUGAGGAGGGGGAUGAUGAUGAUGAUGAUGAUGAGUCCCAGCUGCGCCUUGCGCACGGAUUGCGCUCGUCGAACCUCCCCUUUUACGAAACUGUGUGGACGGUCGCCAAAACGUCUUGUACCGGUUUAGUUGCCUUUUGGAAGAGAUUCUACUGGGAUGACGGGGAGAGCGCCCUGAAGCAGGACGGUGAUGAGAGGUCGCAGGGGAAGCGACAGGGCAAGAACAAGCGAAAGAGUGUGCUGGUGGACAUCGUUGCGGAUGGGGGCGAAGAGUGGGUGAAGGUGUCUACGGUGCCGGAGAGCCGGCUGCUGUUUGAAAUAGCGGAGAAAGGGUGGGAAGUUGAUACGGAUGCAUCGUCGGAUGGUGAGCAGGGAGAAGGCAGUGCUAGCCAGAGGGUUAUCCUACGGAAUUACGACAGCAAUGAUGAGGGCCAGGAUCACGAGAGCGAUGACGAUGACGAGAUCGAGUUGAUCAAAUUGGCUGCUGGUAUGAGGAAAGCAGCGAACGCCACGCGAGUCAGAUACCGGCAUCCUCGCAUACGCUUUGUGCUUCCAAAAAUCGAGGAAGGUAAAGUGGCUGAGAUUGAUCAUAUGCUGGAGGUGAUCAGGAGAUAUGACAUUACAGUUGUGUGUGGAAAUAACAUGCCGAGUGCAAUGCGCGCACCGCUGGAAGAGACAGCAUUACCAGGCCCGGAUAAUGACUCUCAUCAAGAACAGGACCUUUCCGAUCUCCUCCCAACCCCUUACAAGUCUUUCACUCCCACCUUGAAUGUGGACUGUACCUUGUUACUUGCCAUGGUUUCGGAUCUAUCGCACUUCAAACAUAUUCCCCCUCUGCCGAACCACCAUUUAGCCAUAAAAAGGCAGAUUGAUGCGGAAAAACAGAAGCCAUUACUACCUCUCGAGCUCUGGCCAGCUGUAAGAGGCCACGAGCUUGUUUGCACAGAAGAAGCUGCAAAGCGAUUCCGGGAGAUCGUGCAAACCAUUGGAACUGAAACAGAGAAGGAGCGCACUGAAAUCAUGAUGGGUGCCUUCCGCUUCCAAAAUGCAGACCCGGAAACACUCUUCCAAAAGUAUCAGGAACUUUCGGAUCACUCAGUUCCACAAGACUGGAAGCUCCCCAUCAGGGUGGUUGAAGCGAAGACAGUCAUCAGCAGUGCUUUAACGCAUGGGAAAUUGCCCCCAGUAGCCCACUUAUUGGCCGAGACGAUUUCUCAUAUUAACCAAAGUGUGUUCUUCUAUGGCUGGGUUACAGGGAUAACGACCAUAUCGAGCAACCGUACUGUUGUAAAACAGAUUGAGACUGUAGUAGAAGGACACAGGGGCAGCGAUGACGCCCUAGAGGGACCGCAUGUUUGGAUCUGUGACACAGCGAGGAGUUUGGUUGGCAAGGAGAAAGACCGGAAAAAAUGA